AUGGAAACUUCAUUUUACUAUUACAUUUUGCUCUUCAUCAUCUUCCUUUUCCUCAAGAACUGUUUGCAGAAAUUUAACAAAAGACUCCCACCAAGCCCUGGUCUCUCCUUCCCCAUCAUAGGUCAUCUCCACCUCAUCAAGAAACCCCUCCACAGAACACUUGCCAAAUUGUCCACAAAAUAUGGUCCAAUAUUGUACAUCCAAUUUGGUUCCCGUCCUGUCAUUGUUGUCUGUUCUCCCUCUGCAGUUGAGGAAUGCUUCACCAAAAAUGACAUUGCUUUCGCAAACCGUCCUGGGCUGCUUGCAGGCAAACACCUCGGAUACAACUAUACCACCCUUGUCUGGGCAUCUUAUGGCUCUCACUGGCGCAACAUGAGACACAUAGCUUCCCUUGAGUUAUUGUCACCUCACCGCCUUCAGAUGUUUCAUGGCAUCCGUGCAGAUGAAGUCAGGUCAUUGGUUUCCCGGGUUUUUCGAGGUUCUAAUGGUGGUGAAUUUCAGAGAUUAGACAUGAAGUCAACUUUUUUUGGGCUGACUCUUAAUGUUCUGAUGAGGAUGAUUGCUGGAAAACGAUAUUACUGGGAACACGCGGCAAAACUGGAGGAAGCUCAGCUGUUUAAAGAACUUGUGACAGAGACUUUUGAGUUGAGUGGGGCCACUAAUAUUGGAGAUUUUGUACCAGCUUUGAAAUAUGUGGGAGUAACUGGGCUUGAGAAGAAGUUGGUGAUAUUGCAGAAGAAGAGGGAUAAAUUCACUCAAGAUUUGAUUGGAGAACAUAGAAAAAUGCAGAGUGGCUCUGUUUCUGAACAGAGGAGCAAGACCAUGGUGGAUGUGUUGCUUUCCCUGCAAGAAACUGAACCCGAAUAUUACAGUGAUGAAAUCAUAAGAGGCAUGAUACAAGUGAUGUUAUCAGCGGGGACAGAAACCUCAGCUGGAACAAUGGAAUGGGCACUCUCACUUUUGCUGAACAACCCAGAAGCCCUUGCAAAAGUACAGACCGAAAUCGAUAUCGAAAUAGGACAAAGCAGGCUCAUUGAAGAGGCAGACUUUGCAAGGCUGCCCUAUCUCCAUGGCAUCAUAAAUGAGACCUUGCGGAUGUACCCAGCAGACCCAAUGCUGGUACCCCAUGAGUCAUCAGAGGAGUGUACAGUGGGAGGGUACCAUGUUCCACGUGGAACAAUGCUGUUGGUGAACAUGUGGGCCAUACAGAACAAUCCUAAGCUGUGGUCACAGCCUGAACAGUUUAAGCCAGAGAGGUUUUUGAAUGUACGAGGGGAGAGAGAUGGUUUCAUGUUGCUGCCAUUUGGGACAGGGAGGAGGGGCUGCCCUGGAGAGGGCUUAGCAAUAAGGAUGGUUGGGCUGGCCUUAGGGUCAUUGGUUCAGUGUUUUGAGUGGGAAAGAAUUGUUGAGGAGAAGGUGGAUAUGAGUGAAGGGCCUGGGCUCACCAUGCCUAAAGCUCACCCUUUGCUUGCAAAGUGCAGGCCACGCCCAAAAAUGCUGGCCCUGCUUUCUCAACUCUAG